AUGCCUCCCAAAACGUCACCAGCGCACGAUGUCACCGACCUGCUGGGCCGCCGCAGUCUUGCCACCAUUCCCAAAGACCAGAAAUCGCUGCUCGAGGCGGAGGGCUCCUGGGCGGUUGACAUGAAAGAUGGGCCGCACGGUCUGUCUACUGUCCCGAGCCAUGUCCUGCAGACUCUGAAGGAAGCAUUUGUUCGUCUCAAGGACAAAAACGACCAAGGGGCGCAAGAAGGCCAGGGGGAUCAAGAGGGCGAAGAAGGUCAAGACGACCAAGAAGACCAUGAAGACCAAGACCAAGACGACCGAGAAGAGCAAGAAGACCAAAGAGACGAAGAGGUUCAAAAAGAUAACGGGGAUAAAGAGGGCAGAGAAGACCCCAAACAAACGGAAGAUGCUAGACUCCCUCUGACCGUCAAUAACGGUGACAAACAGAAUGGGUCCUUCCCCGGCUCGAUCGCUGCAAGGUCGAGUAAAGUACCCGCAUCUUCAGAGGGACCUAUAGCUUCACCAGAGAGGGAAAUAUCAUGGCCGCCCUCACCAUCCAGAGCGGGGGACCAUCUAAACGCAUCUGAUCCCGGCUCACCCAUCGAAGAGGAAUACAAGUCGCCAUUGCUCGCGCCGCUCACCCAACCGCCACCGCCCGAAGCAGAUGACGCUGCAGGCCCCGGCCCCUCAUCGGGCAUCAGCGAGCCCGAUGAUCUGGAGAUGGAGGUCCCCCAAGCCCAAACAGACUACCAUGAGGCACCAAUCAACCGUGUAGCGACGCUGAUCCAUACAGCAGCGCCUCAAGAGCCCACGAGCAAUUCGAUAAACACGGCGUCCACUACCGAUACGCCUCCAUGUGCGCAGCCUCGCGUUUCGUCCGGCCCUCAUAUUCCAAUACCAACCCCUCAGUUGUCUAUGCUUUCAACUGACCCAGUUCAUCACCGGACACGGAGGAUGAAGGCGAUUCUCUUUGACGAAGAUGGUCCCACUGCCUCUGGAACCCCCCCAAUACGUUUGGCUCCUUCCACACGCAUGCCUUUCGCGCGUGUACAUCCUGACCUGAACCUCCAGGGCUCUGCUCAUCUAAGCUCUGCUGCCUCAUCUCCAUACGAUGAUGAUAUGAUGGAGAGCUCGCCACCCAUACCCCCACCACACAGGUUUGUCAGAGACGCCGCCCCCCAAAACAGAGCUCCGGGGCGCCAAGACGAGAUCAAUAGGCUACCCCACAGUGAUCCAGAAGCAUCUCAUGCUCGCCAAACGCCGAUAGGCCAUUUAUACAAGAUACAAGCAGCCAUCGACGUGCUGAUAAGCAAAAGCGGAGAUCCUUACAGUGCUUUCACUGCUACAUAUCCCGACUACGCGACGGUUCAUUCAGGCAACCUCUUGAGCUUUGUUGAGGCGUGCUGCCACCUCUAUGAACUCCAGGAAAAGAGGCUGAUAAGAGAGUAUCUAUGCGAUGACUUCAUCAGAGCAUGGUCCGGAUAUUUGAAGUACGCUCUCAGCGGGAGCCCUAGCCAUCUUCCUGCCAUCGAAUGGUUCAAUGACCUUCGAGGUCCCAUCCUCUUCAACCGCAUGUGUGUAAACAAGGACAACCUAGACACUGUUCUGGGUGCAUACCCCGAGGAAGUCGCAAGGAUCAAGGCCGCAAUGAGCCAGAGCAAGCAAAGAAGCUCAGCUCCAGACCUAGCAACGGAGAUGGAGCAAGUCGUGGAAAUCGUGGACUUGCUAGACGACGAUAGUAUCAUGGACGACAGCGCCCUGGAAGUGAGACGAGGUGGACGGAGUAGUGUGUCGCGGGCGCAGAAACGGCCAAGAGCAGCAUCCGCUGGGGACAUGCUUCCUCCGACGAGACAACCGCCAACUGUACCUGCACCAUCACGGACAGCACCGGCACCGCCACCUCCUCGACCUCCUAUCCCACGAGCUGCGUCCCCGGAUCUGGGGAGCGACGACUUUGAUUACCUCCCAUAUCCCGCUAAACCAUCAUCGCUUGCAAAGACACAGCCACAGCCGCAGGCAGAGUCACAUUCAAGAUCUCGAUCGCGACCAAAAACACAGCAAGCUCGACCUCAGCAUCAGCUUGAGACCAUCCCGCAACCGCAACCGCAACCGCAACCGCAACCCCAGCUCCAACCAAAGAUGCACAGAAGCCUCCCUGAGCGCUCAUCACCCCGCCGCCACCCCACAACCUCCGCAGUAAUCUCAUCUCCCGUAUCAACAACACGGCGGCAACCUCCUAAAUCGUCCAACCCCAGAGCCGCUUCGCACCCAGCGGCCGAUUAUCUCGGGAAUCUCGUCUCAAAGGGUCGCACCACCCCUAGCUCAAGCGCCAGAUCGGGCUCUUCGAAGCCGCGCAAGAGAACGGCCGAGGAGCGGGCGCGGCUGAGAGAGCAUUUCCGGAAAAAGGCUUCUACUUCGUCGACGAGUUUCAUUAGUAGUGGUAUUGAUAAUUGA